GUCACUUCAGAUUUGUUGUGAAUAAAGUUUCGGAGUGGGAGGGGAGGAGAUCCGGAAGCUGAUUCUUUUCGGCUUUAGCAGAUUCGCUAUUAUGUACGGGCCAGUUAUCAAAUGCUUACAAUAUAGUCGUUCAAAAACCAAAAUCACAGGCUGGACCAGGUAAAGUGUCAGAAGAAGAGAUGGCGCGGCUGGUGGCAGUUGUAAAGUACAGCGAUGAAGACUAUCCAUUUGAAAAGCGGCAGAUGCCUCUGUACAUCGACGACUCGCUCACGAUGGUGUUGGAAUUCUCUGAUAACAUGUUAAAUCUUGAUAAGCAGCAGAUAGAUACAGUACAACUUGAGCAGUUUAUCCAGCACCAUAAAAUGUUGACAGAACAAGAUCUUACUGCUGCCUUGACAGUUACGUCUCGUGAAGUAUUUAAUGCACUUUCUCAGCUGCUCCCAUGUGUUGGCUGUCGACGAUGCGUGGAACGGCUCUUCUCUCAGGUUAUGCAGACUGGAAUCCAGGCUUUGGAUCCACUUUCUGUGGGUGCUAAUGGAGUUCUUACUUUGUCACACAGCUUUAUGACUGAUGCAACAAAGCUGUAUACCCUAUUUUAUGUGUGUGGGUCAAAACUAAACAGUAUGAUAGACGCAAUUGCAAAAAACAAGAAAGGCAAGAAAAAUAAUAGAUGCAAAUUUCAUUCUUUAGAUGUUCGUAAACCAAAGCCUUUAGGAGGUCACUGGAUGGAUGUUUGGGAGGUUAUGUCCCCAGAAUGCCGGGAUGAAGUAGCUUUAAUUGAUUCAAACUGUCUUUUGGAAACCCUCGAAAAUUAUCUUCAAAAGCACAGAUUUUGUGCCGACUGCAAAAAUAAAGUCCACAGGGCAUUCAAUAUAUUAACUGGAGAACUGGAUUUUAGUAAAGUAAAGGGCUACUGUGCUAACGUCUAUCAAGGUCUACGCUGCUGUCCACAUGAAGGACAUAUUCACCUGUGCUGUGAGACAGACUUCAUUGCACAUGUAUUGGGUCGAGCAGAGCCAGAGUUCGCCGGAGGGUAUGAACGCAGGGAAAGGCAUGCCAAGACAAUAGAUGUUGCCCAAGAAGAAGUUUUGACUUGCCUGGGUAUUCAUUUGUAUGAGCGACUGCAUCGGAUCUGGCUAAAGCUGAGAGCAGAAGUACAAACUCGACAAAUGCUUUUCUACCUUGGAGUAGAUGCACUGCGCAAAAGCUUUGAGGUAACUGUAGAAAAAGUACAGGGUAUUAGUCGGAUGGAUCAGUACUUUAAAGAUAUUUUAGAAGAGGAAAAGGUCCAGGAGCUAAAGCAAGAAAAGAAACGGCAAAAAAAGAACAGAAGGAAAAACAAAACUUCCUGUGAUUUGCCAGCACCCCAUGAAACAAAAUCUGCAAAUGCAAGUCAGAACAAUGAUCCCCCUGGUUUUAUGGAAUCUGGUGGUGAUUCCUGCAACACCUCAGAAGACCGUAAUAUGUGUGCAGAAGUUACUGUGAAAAAUGAAGACUUGCUGAGAUCUCACAAAAUGAAAAAAGGUUUAACUCCUCAUUCUAAUGUAAGUGAUUGUGGGUACUCCUCUAGUUUAGAAGGGAGCGAGCCAGGCUCUCAGGAAGGUUCAGAUGUGGCUUGUGCUGAAGGCAUUUGUAAACACGAUGAAGCAGGUGAUGAUGAAAAAGACGAGGAAGAAGGAGAUAGCUGUGUGGAAUGUUGGAACAAUUGUACAAAAGACAACAUUAAAGGGAAAAGCAAGAAGAAGAAGAAGAAAUGCAAACCUUUUAAAUGUGAAAACGAGAAUACUCUGAAACAAGUACCCUAUAAUACUGAGUCCUCAGAUGUGCACAGCAAUCCGAAUGAAGAAAACAAGGUUUUCAAUUUCUGUAUGGACUCAGAAUUUCCUAGACGCCCAUGGAUAUAUCACAGAAAUGAAUUCUUCAGUGACAUGAGCUCAUCAGAAUCCCAAAUGAGAGAAACCAAGUCCUUAAAAGAACUACUGGAUGAAUCUGAAUGCUCUUCACAAGAGGAAGAUGAAAUCACUCAAGAUGAUAUUCAGGCCUUUAAGGAAACCUACCAGACGUUUUACCGGGAUCGACAACAGUUUAGACAGUGUCUAAAAGAGAAUUUUAAACAGUUCUGCCUACAUCGGAAUCCUUCUUUGUUGGUUGGCAAGACUGGAGCAAUAAACUAGCUGUCUUUGAUCAAAGCAAUCAGUGAAAGAUUUCUGCAUCUCUUCUGUCUUUUCAAAUUUCAUAAAUUGGUUACUCAUUAUUAAAUUUUACCUUAAAAUCUUUUUUUUAAUUUUUCCUUCAAGGGAGAGGUUGAAUGCACAUUAUUUUUUUUUCCUUCAUAAAAUAACUCCUGUCUUUUUUCCCAUUUUAUCCUUGGUUAAUGUUAAAAUUCUACAUAUAAUAUAAGCGCACCCUCUUUAUUUUGAAAAGUAAUGUUGUAACUGUAAUUUUGUACAAAAUGAAAAUGAACAGAAUAUAGUAUUUUACAAAAUUAGACAUCCAUUUAUUAAAGGUCUGGAUGUUAUAUGUAAAAGCGCAAUGUGCAGAGCUGAAAAAUAAAGAAUAUUUAUUAUGCAGAAA